AUGAUUUUCGCCAAAACGGAUGCUUGCGGUAUUCCUGGUCAUUCUCCAUAUAUGAAAAUGGUUGCCGUCAUGAAACAUUUUGCCAAAGGCAUUGCACCGGAUUCCUUAGAUGAUUACACACAAAUGGGAGCGACCACUAUAUACUAUUAUGCUAUGAAGUUUAUGGAUGCAAUUAUUUGGAUUUAUAAUGGUCGAUAUAUGCGUCAACCUACCGCUCAAGAUACAAAAAAGAUUUUAGCAGAAAAUGAAGCUUGGGGAUUUCCUGGUAUGCUUGGUAGUGUCGAUUGUUUUCAUUGGGCAUGGAGAGCAUGUCCAAUGGAUCAAGCAGGAUCCUACAGCGGCUAUAAGCCAUAUCCCUCGGUUGUUUUGCAGGCGGUAGCUACAUAUGAUAGAUGGACCUGGAAUUCCUAUUUUGGGUUGGGUGGGAAGAACAAUGAUCUUAAUGUCUUGCAUGCUUCGGGUUUGUUCGAUAUACAACUUCUUGGUGUAGCACCUCCUUGUCAUUAUCAAAUCAAUGGAAGGAAUUACGACCAGGGGUACUACCUAAGAGAUGGUGCAUAUCCUAUGUAUGGUUGCAUCGUGCAAGCAUACAAACCUGCCUCAAACAACAGAGAAUCUCUUUUCAAUCAAUACCAAGAAGCUAAAAGGAAGGACAUAGAACGUGCAUUUGGAGGUCUAAAAGGUAAGUUUCGCAUUAUAUUGAAACCUUGUCGUUAUUAUAAAAAAUCGGACAUGAAGGCAAUUAUGAGGGGGUGCUUGAUAAUGCACAACAUGUGUGUUAAGAUGGAAUAUCGCAAUGCGGAUUGGAGGAGGAUGACGGGAGAUGAACCUCAACCGCCAAUUCAAGGAAACGUAAGGCUAGCUCUUCAUAUAUUGUACAACCCUGCGAUUUGGGGACAACUUCGCUUGGAACUCACUACAAACAUUUGGAACCGACACGGAGAAGGUUUGAGAGAUGGUGAUUUUCCAAACAUGCAUAUGGAGGAUGCCUUGCCGGAAGUUCAUGAGGGUACAACCGACGUGGACACCGAUGAAGACCAAUGUGACCCUCAAGGAGAUGGUGCAUUUUAUGAGAAUGGAGAGUAA